UUUACUUUCACUUCUGUCGUCUUUCACAGCGCGGCAGAUCCAGACCGACUUCAGCUAAACUGAAGGCUCUUCAUGCAGCAGAUGCUCUUCAGUUGUCUGACGGUUCCAGCACUGUGACAUUAUGGCGACUGCAGCAUCAGAUCUGCCUCCACUGAAGCGCAGGAGAAGCUUUCCUUUCCUGCCACCCAACAUGUCUGAGCUGAGGGUUGUUCUGCUGGGGAACAGCUGGUCUCAGAGGAGUUCAGUGGGGAACUUCAUACUGGGACAGACUGUGUUCAACACUGAGGCAGAACCAGACCGCUGUCUGAGAGUCAGAGGACAGUUAAAAGACAAAGAAAUAGUUCUCAUCAACACACCUGAUCUGCUGGAUCCAAACAUCUCUCAACACAAACUGACAGAGCUGAUAGAAAACUGUGUGAGACUCUCUGAUCCUGGACCUCAUGUGUUCCUGCUGGUUCUGCAGCCUGAAGACUUCACUGAGCAACACAAACAGAGGCUCUGCAGCUUCCUUCAACUCUUCAGUGAUCAAUCAUUUGAUCAAUCACUGGUGCUGAUAUCAACACCCAGAGAGGAGAGUCCAGGUUUGAUGGAAAAGUAUCAGCAACAUCCUCCAUUAAAGGACAUGAUCAGACAGUGUCGCUACAGGUUUCUGUGGCAGAAGAAUGUUGACCUUCCAGAGCUGUUAACACGUUUGGGUCAAGUCGUAGAGGAGAACAAUGGAGAACAUGUCAGCUGUGAAGCAUUUGCAGACACAACAUCUACUUUAGCAGCUGAUCAUCAAAGCCCACAACAAGCAGAAAGACAGACUUCUAUCAUGGCUGCUGUUAAAGCUGCUGGGUGGCAUCGAGUUAAAUCACUCACUGAGAAAGUCUCAAUCUCAGGGAGAAACCCUCAAAUUCACAAUCUGCCUCCACUGAAGCGCAGGAGAAGCUUUCCUUUCCUGCCACCCAACAUGUCUGAGCUGAGGGUUGUUCUGCUGGGGAACAGCUGGUCUCAGAGGAGUUCAGUGGGGAACUUCAUACUGGGACAGACUGUGUUCAACACUGAGGCAGAACCAGACCGCUGUCUGAGAGUCAGAGGACAGUUAAAAGACAAAGAAAUAGUUCUCAUCAACACACCUGAUCUGCUGCAUCCAAACAUCUCUGAACACAAACUGACAGAGCUGACAGAAAACUGUGUGGGACUCUCUGAUCCUGGACCUCAUGUGUUCCUGCUGGUUCUGCAGCCUGAAGACUUCACUGAGCAACACAAACAGAGGCUCUGCAGCUUCCUUCAACUCUUCAGUGAUCAAUCAUUUGAUCAAUCACUGGUGCUGAUAUCAACACCCAGAGAGGACAGUCCAGGUUUGAUGGAAAAGUAUCAGCAGCAUCCUCCAUUAAAGGACAUGAUCAGACAGUGUGGCUACAGGUUUCUGUGGCUGAAGAAUGUUGACCUUCCAGAGCUGUUAACACGUUUGGGUCAAAUCGUAAAGGAGAACAAUGGAGAACAUGUCAGCUGUGAAGCAUUUGCAGACACAACAUCUACUUUAGCAGCUGAUCAUCAAAGCCCACAACAAGCAGAAACACAGACUCCUAUCAUGGCUGCUGCAUCUGGAAUCAGGAUUGUGCUGCUGGGAAAAAGUGAGGACAAACAGACAAAACUUGGUAACUUCAUCAUCAGGAACGAAGCUUUUCAUCACAUCAAGACUUUCCCAACCAGACAAUGUGUGUCUGCCAGUGGAGAGUGGAGAGGAAAUCCUGUCACAGUGGUGAAAACUGCAGAUAUCUUCAGUCUGUCUGUGGAGGCAGUCAUAGAAGAGAUGAAGAGCUGUGUGACUCUUUGUCCUCCUGGACCAAAUGUUCUUCUGCUGUUAGUGAAACCUUCUGAUUUCACAGAGAAGAACAGACAAACACUGAAGUUCAUCCUGAGUCUGUUUGAUCGAGAUGCUUUUAAACACUCGAUGGUCGUCGAGACACAUGAGAGGGAUGAAGCAGCUGUUAGUCGACUCCUUAAAGACUGUGGAGGAAGACGCUACAACAUGACUGAAGACAACAACCGCACACUGUUAAUGGAGAAGAUUGAGAACAUUGUGCAUGAAAACAAAGGAAGCUUCCUCACCUUCACUGAAGAGACUACCAGACCAGCUUUAAACCUGGUUCUGUGUGGGAGGACAGGAGCAGGGAAGACUUCAGCAGCCGAGGCCAUUUUAGGUCGGACAGCGUUUCAUUCAGUCUGCGACUCAUCAGAGUGUGUUAAACAUCAGGGAGAGGUGUGUGGACGUCGGCUUUCCCUGCUGGAGCUGCCUGCCUUGUCUGGAAAACCUCAGGAGGCAGUGAUGGAGGAAGCAUUCAGGUGUGUCUCCCUCUGUGAACCUGAGGGCGUCCAUGCCUUCAUCCUGGUCCUACCUGUGGGUCCCCUCACUGAUGAAGACAAGGGAGAGUUAGAGAUCAUCCAGAACACUUUCAGCUGUCGAGUCAAUGACUUCACCAUGAUUCUGUUCACUGUGGAGUCAGAUCCUACAGCUCCAGCUGUUGUUAACUUUGUCAGAGGAAACAAAGACAUUCAGGAUCUCUGUCGGAGCUGUGGAGGAAGACAUGUUGUUCUCAACAUCAAGGACAAGCAACAGAUCCCAGAGCUGCUGGAAGCUGUGGAAAAGAUGACAGCUGAAGGAUCCAAAUGCUUCACAAAGGACACGUUCACCAAGGCUCAGAUGGAGAAGGUUGUAGAGCAGGAGAACACUAAUGCAAGACUUAAAGCUAAACUGCAGGAUGUGAAACAGAGGAGUGUGAUGAGAGGUGAUGAUGAAGGUCAGAGCAGAGAGCGUCUCAGGGUAGUGCUGGUUGGGAAGACUGGCAGCGGGAAGAGUGCAACUGGAAACACAAUUUUGGGCAAAAAGCGUUUUAAAUCUACUCUCAGCCCAGAGUCUGUGACCAAGUUUUGUGAGAAAGCAACAGGAGAGAUUGAAGGUCGGCCUGUUGCUGUGGUCGACACCCCUGGCCUGUUUGACACGACUCUGUCCAAUGAUAACAUUCAACAGGAACUUGUGAAAUGCAUCAGCUUGUUGUCUCCUGGACCUCAUGUGUUCUUACUCGUGAUGCAGAUCGGUCGCUGCACACAGGAGGAGAAGGAAGCUGUAGAACUGAUCAAGAAAUAUUUUGGCAAGAAUUCACAACAUUUCAUCAUCGUCAUAUUCACAAGAGGAGAUGAACUGGACGGUCAGUCAUUUGAGAGUUACCUAGAAGGCUGUGACUUUUUAAAAAAACUGGUGAAUGACUGUGGAGGAAGAUACCAGGUCUUCAAUAACAAAGACCUCACAAACCGCACACAAGUCAGAGAGCUGCUGACCAAGAUCAACAGAAUGAUGAAGGAAAAUGGCGUCAGCUGCUACACCUCAGAGAUGUUCCAAGAGGCCGAGGCAGAGAUACAAAAGGAAGUGGACAGGAUCCUGAAGGAGAACGAGGAAGAAAUGCAGAGACAGAAGGAGGAGCUUCAAAGAAAACAUGAGGAGGAAAUCGAAGCAGUGAAGAGACGAAUAGAACAACAGAAAGCUGAAAUAGAACAGGAGGGAAAACUGAAAGCAAAACAUCUUCAAGAACUGGAGGAAAACAUGGAGAAGGAGCGUGACCAGAGAAGGAAAGAACAGGAGAAGAGAAAGGAGGAAGACAAGGAAAGGAAGAGGCAGGAAGAACUUCAGCAACAAGAGUGGGAACAAAAACAUAAAGUUCUGGAGGAAAAAAUAAAGUCAGAGUCGAAGGAAAAGGAAACUAUUGACAGACAGCUGGAGCAGAGUAGAGAAGAGAUGAGAAAGAAACGAGAAGAAUGGGAGAAGGAAAGACAAGAGUGGUGGGAGAAACGAUAUCAAGAGGACGAACAGAAACGUCAGAAGGAGCAAACAAGACUUAAAAAGCUCCAAGAAGAAUAUGAGCAGGAAAAAGAAAAACAUGAAAACAAAAGAAAAGAAGAUCAAAUCAGAAUAGAAGAGGUGGAAAAGGAGAGAAAAGAAUUAGAGGAAAAGUAUAAGAAAGAAAUAGAGGAAAUGAAGAAGAGCUACGAAGAGGAGGCCAGAAAACAAGCUGAAGAAUUCAAUGAUUUUAAAAAGAAAUACACGGAGGACUUUGAAGCAUUGGUAGAGAAACACAUGGAGGAAAUACAGGAACUGAAGCAAAAGCAUGAGACACAAAUAAAAGACGCAGAGGGGAAGCAUGUCAACGAGUACAAUCUGUUACAAAACCUCUCAAGUCACAAAGAAAAAGAGCUGAAAAAACAAAUGGGGGAGUUGAAGGAAAAGCAUGAACAACAAGUAGAAGAGCUGAGAAGAAAAUACGAAAACCAGUGUAUCAUCAUCUGAACUCCUGAUCGUUAUCGUGUUAGCAGAUGGAUCAUUUAGCAUCAUUCAGCAGUCUGUUGAACACAUUCAUCACGAGCAGAUAUUUGAACUGAAAGCUUUAAGAAUGCUUGCUUUGUCUCCGUGUCAUAUCGACUGUAGGUAAUUUCAAUAUGAUCAAUAUAUCAUAUAUCAAAAUAUUUAGAGUCUAUUGUUAUUCCACCACCAGAGGGCGCCCUGUCUCUAUGAGUAGGUUUGUUCUUGCUGACAGGUGAUUCCUGUUCAAUGAGCUGCAGCUGGACGACUGCUCCUCACUGCAGUGAGAACAUACAUCAUGAUUCCUAUUCCUCUUAACAUCAUUUAUAAAAUUCCUUCUAGUACCAGUAUCUGUUAAUCAUUCUUUCAGGAUAAGUUAGUAUGGGUUCUUUUGCACAAAACUGUGUAUUUAUAAUGUAAGUUACAUAUUUCUAUAGUAUAUCUGUAUGCACACACACACACACACACGCUGCACCCAGAAAUACCAGAUUACUUGUCUGUAAAGCUACAGCAUAUGUGUCCCACUUGCAGCCUUUCUGAAUAAAUACACUGACAGGAAUCCCUGAGUCCUGUGUACUGACUGACACCUCACACAAACACACACAGUCACAUGGCUGAGAUUCAGAUUCCAUUAUUGAUGCUGAAAACAGAAGAAGGCAAAGUGAUCUCCUCACAAGGUCGAUUUAGCGUCUGUCCUGGAUCCUUAGAUUGAACCACAUGAUCUUCCUCAACAGAUUGGUUGUCAUGGAGAUGUAGAUGUCACAUAGUGCUUAGACAACCAGCUUCUUGCAUCCUAUCCAAAUACUAACAACAAAUAUACCAAUUAAAUAUUCAUAAACUCACACAGAUGUAUAUACUAUUGUGACAACUCCUCCCACUCCUUUGUUUGUGCCUCACUCUCUUUUUGUUUGCAGCCUCUGAGAGCUGUUCAGGGGUGGAGCUGAGGAGUGUCACCUGCUUUAAUCUGGGUGUGGCCUUUCAGAAAGCAUAAAAGCCUGCCUUUCUGAUUGCCCACUCUCUCACUCACCCACUGCGAGGCCUGCACCAGCCUGUGUAGCCAUCUCUGUUUGGUUUGCUGCAGAAUUCAACAUUUGCCACACACAUUCUCACCCAUCCACACACCGCUGACACAACUGAUUAUGCUCCAUUUUACACACUCCAUAUUUAUACCAUUUUGAUGGACACUUUUGUUAAAUAAAUAGUGAUCAGAACUGGUA